AUGCGUUGUCUGCGGGUUAAAGAGCCCCAUGUGCAGCGCACAGGACACGCUAACAACCGUCCUUCGCUCCCCAGAAACAAGCUCGAGUUGAUCACCAACGACGACCGAUCCAGCAGUGGCGAGCUUGUCGUUGACAUAAAGGUAAUGGCCCUGCGUCAGGGUAACCCUUGCAGAGACUUGGUCCUCGUUUCCCACCUCAACCGUGACAAACUCAUGCAACACAUCCUUCAUCUUGUGGGUAAACAUGAAGACGUCACUAAACUGCUGCGGUCCCACUUGUACGCGAUCUCCGAUCUGCACAUGGCGCAUCUCCUUCACGGCGCCACACUGCAACUUGACGGUAGCAUGCCCCGGGAAGCACACCCCGUCGUCGGAGGGCUGUCGCGUAGGAUCGCCGCUGACGACGGUUGGGGUGCCGGGGGUCUCUUCCGCAGCUGGAGACUCUACAGCUUCGACUCCAGACGGGGUAGGACCGGUGCUAGAGGCUGGGGCGGUCGCUGGCUCUUCUUCGGUGGUGUCCGUGGCAGGCGGGGACUCCGUAGUGGGGGGUGCCUCGGUGGUAGGGGGUGCUUCGGUAGUAGGGGGUGCUUCGGUGGUAGGGGGUGCUUCGGUAGUGGGGGGUGUCCCCCCACUGGUCGGGGUGUCAUCCUGUUCGCACCCAGGGGCGUCGCUGGCGCCGGUUUCGUUUUCGUCGCCGGGGUGGCUCAAUUGGUCGGUGCGCAGUUCGGACGGGGUGUCGGCGUUCCACUCGCAGCACGGAUCGCCGAGCUCCUCGCCGUUGGUGAGGCCGUCGUUGUCCGAGUCCAUCUCGCACAAGGUCUUGUCCCAGACGAGGCCGUUGGCCUCGAAAGCGCGGCCGAAGGCGUUGCGGGGAUCGCCUUCCACGCAGUCGUUGUGGCCCAGGAAUUGGCACGUGAUGCCGGAGCCUGGCCGGCUCCACGCGUCGCCGUUCGGGAUCCGCUGCAGGUACACCGCCUUGGAGAGCGCGAGCGGGAGCAGGGCGAGCGCGAGGACGAGGGCGAGCGGGGGCGUCAUCACGGGUACCGUGGUGUGGUGGGGGACGGGAAAUGGGGGAGCUGGUGGGGGUGCGGAUGGCGCGCAGAGCGAUGA